AUCACCUCUUCACCUUAUCUGAUUUAAGUAGAUGCCUUGUAUCACGAUGGAGAGUAAUAUUCUUACAUUUAUUCAAAAAAAGAUUUAAUAAAAUUAUCUCAAUAUUAUAAUCACACUUAAUUGGACAACCCAUGUUUCAUAUCACAUGUAUCAAAUUAAUUAACACUAUGUAAUUAUUACACCAUAAACUUUAUAGUAUUGUUGACUCUGGACGAAAAGGGUAUUAUACAUCCCAGUCUUGAUUUAAAAAAUCUUUACAUCAACCCAAACACAUAAGAUAUAGUUCUGGUUUCCUAUUACUAGGCUUACUAUUAAUAGAAUAAUGAAGAAAGAAGAAUGUAAUUAUUUCUCCUUAUUCAGGUGUGUAAACAUUGGUUAUUCUCCUCCUGAAUACUUUAAGAUAAAUUACAAAUUAACAACCAAAUCAAAUGUUUAUCAAGCUGGCAUUUCAUUAUUUCAUUUGUACUAUCUUCAAUUAAGCAUUAGAUUACUUGGACACAACCCUUUCGGUAAAACCUAAUAAGAAAUGGCAAUAAAUCAUACCAAUAAUAAACUUGAUCUCACCAGACUUAAUGUUUUUGAUUAAGUCUUAUGUGAUUUCAUCAGAUAGUUACUAGAAUAGGAUCCACUCAAACGACCAUCACCUUAAGAAUUACUUAAACACAAGCUGUUUUCAAUUACUCAUAAGGAAAACCUGUCUAAAUAGACUAUGACAAAAGAAUACCAUAAAGAUAUCUAAGAAUUCCAAAAUUUUAGUUAGACCUCAAACAUUUAAACUGUGAAAAAAUCUCUAAAUUUCAAGACGAGAUUAUGA